UUACAAAAGACUUGGCUAGUACCCUUUGCCUCCUCAAUAAAACGAGGGAAUAAACAAAAAAAAAAUCAACUUUGACAUUGGCAACAACAUCGUUUUGACUAACGAUGAAGCCAUGAAAUUUAAAAAAAAGUUUGUUUUGGGUUGAUUAGAUUUAUUUAAUACAGUUUUAUUAUAAGUAUAGAUUUUUUCAUUGAACAGUAAACGCUUUCUUUUCCAUUUCUCGUGGAAAUAGUGUAUGAUAAUAACUGAUGAUAAUUAUUUUUCUCCUGCAUUAUUUCUUGUACAAAAAUAGUACAGUAUUAGAAUUCACUUAAAUAAUUAUUUAGGUAAUCUAUAAUGGGUGGUAAAACCCUGGCUUUAACAUUUAAUAUUACAGCAGAAUGUAAAACUACGAGAGCUCGAGUAGGUUUGAUGAAAUUACCUAAUUAUGAGGUUAAUACACCGGUUUUUAUGCCUGUUGGAACACAGGGAACUAUGAAAGGUUUGUUACCAGAUCAGCUUGAGGAUUUGGAUUGCGAGAUAAUCCUGGGUAACACAUAUCAUUUGGGGAAUCGACCUGGAACUGAAGUACUGCAAAAGGCUGGUGGUUUACACAAAUUCAUGGGUUGGAAUAGAGCUCUUUUAACUGAUUCUGGUGGUUUUCAAAUGGUAUCACUGUUAAAAUUGGCAGAAAUAACUGAGGAUGGAGUAAAUUUCAGAUCACCCUAUGAUGAUUCCGAAAUUAUGCUAAGUCCAGAAAAGUCUAUAGAAAUUCAAAAUUGUAUUGGAGCUGAUAUAAUCAUGCAAUUAGAUGAUGUUGUGCAAACAACAUUCCAAAAUUAUGAUCGCAUCAAAGAAGCCACUGAGAGAACAAGUCGCUGGCUUGACCGUUGUCUUGCGGCUCACAAAAGACCUACAGAGCAAAGUAUAUUUCCUAUAGUCCAGGGACUUCUAAACCCAGAGUUAAGAGAGCAAAGUGCUAGACAACAUAUGUCAAAAGAAGUAAAUGGUUUUGCAAUCGGAGGUUUGAGUGGCGGUGAAGCCAAGGACGAUUUCUGGCCAAUGGUCAGUUUAUGUACAGGCAUUUUAGACAAAAAGAGGCCACGGUAUCUGAUGGGUGUAGGACUAGCAAUCGACCUGGUCAUAUGUGUUGCACUUGGAGUUGACAUGUUUGACUGUGUUUUUCCAACUAGAACUGCUAGGUUUGGUUGUGCAUUGAUAAAUAAAGGCCAGCUUAAUCUUAAGCAGAAGCAGUAUGAGAUUGAUUUGAGACCUAUUGACAAGGAUUGCUCAUGUACUACUUGUCAAAACUACACAAGAGCAUAUCUACACAGUAUUGUCACAGCAGAAACGGUCGCAUGCCACCUUAUCUCAGUGCACAACAUUGCUUUUCAGAUGCGUUUAAUGAGGACCAUGAGGGAAAACAUUACUAAAGGCACAUUUCCCCAAUUUGUGCAGACAUUUAUUGAUGAACUAUACUCUGGAGGGAAUUAUCCGAAUUGGGUUGUCAAUUCCUUGAAAUCAGUUGGAAUAAAUAUUGUACAGAGCUAAA